CGUAUUUUUGUGCCAAAAGUGCGUCCCGCGGCUUCAAAGUGAUGGAACUACGAGCAUACACGAACCCACUGGACAUUUUGGGUGUGACUCUGCAGUGAAGAAUCAAAUUGGUAUUGAAUUAUCUCUGGAUGUAUUUAUUGUGUGAAACUGCAGUCAAACGACAUGUUGAAGUUUAAAUAUGUGAACCAUGGAAGCACCAAGUCUGUGUGCUCCACCACAGACCCCCUCACCAGCCGCAGCUCCAGACUGCACCAGCUCCUACAGGGCCGUGUGAGUCUGACUGGACCCCAGACUGGAGCCUCCUCCCUGGGCAGAGAGGAGCUCCUGGAGGCCUUCCUCAUGCUAUUCCAGGAAUGCUCCUCUCCACAUCUCAUGAAGAACCAGGACGUAGCCAAAUUUGUCCACAAGUUCUCAGAGCUGGUGUCAGAGCUCCAGACCCUCCAGCCCUCUCUUCAGGACUUUGAGGAGCGUGCGGUGGUGGGACGUGGACACUUUGCUGAGGUCCGAGUGGUCAGAGAGAAAUGUACUGGAGAUGUGUACGCGCUCAAAGUCAUGAAGAAGGACCUUCUACGCACACAACACAACGUUGUGUUCCAUGAGGAGGAGCGCAGGAUCCUGUCUCUGAGCUCCAGUCCCUGGAUCCCUCAGCUGCUCUACGCCUUCCAGGACCAACAGCAUGUGUACCUGGCGAUGGAGUACCUCCCUGGAGGAGACCUGCUGUCUCUGCUGAAUCGUUAUGAAGAUCAUUUUGAUGAGUCCAUGGCUCAGUUUUAUUUGGCUGAGCUCACAGAGGCUGUCCACGCCGUGCACACGUUAGGAUACGUGCACAGAGACGUGAAGCCAGAGAACAUUCUGAUUGAUCGGACCGGACACAUCAAACUGACUGACUUUGGGUCUGUGGCAAAACUCACGGCCGACAGAACGGUCUCCUCCUCCUUACCCGUGGGGACUCAGGACUUCCUCUCCCCGGAGGUGCUGUCUGCACUGGGGGGCUCUGGUGCCUCGUAUGGCCCAGAGUGUGACUGGUGGUCUGUGGGAGUCGUGGCUUAUGAGAUGAUCUACAGGAAAUCUCCUUUUAGAGACGAGACCACGAGCAAGACAAUUGCCAACAUUCUCAACUACCAGCAUUUUCUGAAGUUCUCAGACCUCCCUCAUGUCUCAGACUCGUUCUCAGACUUGGUGAGGGGUCUCUUGUGUGGACCCAGAGACAGAUUGGACUUUGAGGGUCUGCGCUGUCACCGCUUCUUCAGCUCCACCGACUGGAACAACCUCAGAAAAGUGGUCCCUCCGUUCGUGCCGGCGCUCAGCUCUGAUGAUGACACGUCCAAUUUUGAGGAUCCGGAGCUGGAGGGAGCCGCUCCUGACUUCGCAGCCCCUCGCGCCCAGCCAGGAGCUCCAUCUUCGGGCUUCACGGGCCGCGACCUCCCCUUUCUAGGCUGGUUCUUCUGCCGUGCGCUCAACACACUGGCCAAGGCAGAGUCAGUGUCAGCGGGGCUCAACUCUCCGGCCAAAACCAACUCCAUGGAAAAAAAACUGCACCUCAAGACCAGAGAGUUGCAGGACACACAGGACAAGUGUUAUAAGAUGGAGCAGGAGAUCUCCAGGUUCCAGCGUAAAAUGACUGAUCUUGAGUCAGUUCUUCAUCAGAAGGAUGUGGAGCUCCAGGCCUCAGAGACUCAGAGGAGCAUUCUGGAACAGGAUCUCGCAACAUACAUCACAGAGUGCAGUAGUUUAAAACGCAGUCUGGAGGAGGCUCGGGUGGAGGUCUCCAGAGAAGAUGACAAAGCCAUGCAGCUUCUGCACGACAUCCGUGAGCAGAGCAACAAACUACAGGAGAUCAAGGAGCAGGAAUACCACGCUCAGCUGGAGGAGAUGCAGGUUUCCAUCAGACAGCUGGAGGAGGAUCUCUCUGCAGCUCGGAGACGCAGCGACCUGUACGAGAGUGAGCUGAGAGAGUCCAGACAGACAGGAGAGGAGCUGAAAAGGAAAGCUGUGGAGUACCAACAACGCAUACAGAAGGCCAAAGAGCAGGGCAAAGCAGAGGUGGAGGAGCUGCUCUCCAAACUUGAGAAGACUAACUCUGAGCAGCAGGUGAAGAUCCAGGAGCUGCAGGACAAACUCUCUAAGGCUGUGAAGGCGAGCUCAGAGGCCACGGAGCUUCUGCAGAAUGUGCGUCAGGCCAAAGAACGUUUGGAGAGAGACUUAGAACGCUUGAGGGGAAAGAGUGACAACAGUGACACUUUAAAGCGGAGGCUCAGAGAGGCAGAGGAGGGCAGGAAGACGUUGGAGAACCAGGUGAAGAGGCUGGAGAUGGUGGAGAGACGAGAAAAUAAACUGAAGGAUGACAUCCAGACCAAGUCCCAGCAGAUACAGCAGAUGGCAGACAAGAUACUAGAACUGGAGGAGAAUCUGCGUGAUGCCCAGUCCACGGCUCAGAGGAUGGAGACUCAGCUUGUGCAGAAGGAGCGCCUCUUUGAGGACAAGAUCAAGGUGCUGGAGGCUCAGAUGAAAGCCGAUCUUGCAGAUAAAGAGACUCUUGAGGCUCGACGAGUUCAACAGGAAGAAGAGACACGAGAGAACUGUAAACUCAUCAGUGAACAGAAGGCUACAAUCAACGCCAUGGACUCCAAGAUGAAGAGCCUGGAGCAGCGCAUAGCAGAGCUCUCAGAGGCCAACAAGCUCGCAGCUAACAGCAGCAUCUACACACAGAAAAACAUGAAAGCUCAGGAGGAGAUGAUCUCAGAGCUACGGCAGCAGAAGUUUUACCUGGAAUCUCAGGCUGGAAAACUGGAAGCUCAGAAUGCAAAGCUGGAGGAACAUCUAGAGAAGAUCAGCCAACAGGAGCAGAGCAAGAGGAGCAGACUGCUGGAGCUGGAGAGCAGGCUGAGGGAGAUGGGUCUGCAGCACGAGGAGGAGAAGUUGGAGAUCAAGCGUCAGGUGUCGGAGCUGAACCUGUCGCUGCAGGAACGGGAGUCUCAGAUCAGCAGCCUCCAGGCAGCUCGCCUGGCUCUGGAGAACCAACUACACCAGGCCAAAACAGAGCUGGAGGAGACCACAGCAGAGGCUGAGGAGGAGAUCACUGCUCUGAGGAAUCACAGAGAUGACAUCCAGAGGAAGUUUGAUGCUCUGAGGGACAGCUGCUCUGUGAUCACAGACCUGGAGGAGCAGCUGACUCAGCUCAGUCAGGAGAAUGCCGAACUUAAUCGGCAGAACUUCUACCUCUCCAAACAGUUGGACGAAGCCUCCGACGACUCAGAAGAUCGACUCCAACUAAGCCAGGAGGUGGAGAGGCUGCGGAGGGAGGUGGCAGACCGCGAGAUGCAUUUAAACAACCAGAAACAAAACAUUGAGACCCUGAAGACCACGUGCAGUAUGCUGGAAGAGCAGGUGGUGGAGCUGGAAAGUCUGAAUGAUGAGCUCCUGGAGAAAGAGCGACAGUGGGAGGCAUGGAGGUCAGCUUUGGAAGACGAGAAGAACCAAUCAGAACGCAGAACCAGGGACCUUCAGAGAGCGCUGGACACAGAGAAACAGAACAGGCUCCGUGCAGACCAGCGUAGUACUGAGUCUCGCCAAGCUGUGGAGCUGGCGGUCAAAGAGCACAAAGCCGAGAUCCUGGCUCUACAGCAAGCCCUGAAGGAGCAGAGACUCAAAGCUGAGAGUCUGUCUGAUACGUUAAAUGACCUGGAGAAGAAACACGCCAUGUUGGAGAUGAAUGCUCGAAGUCUGCAACAGAAGCUGGAGACAGAAAGAGAGCUGAAACAGAGACUUAUGGAGGAGCAGGGGAAGCUGCAGCAGCAGAUGGACCUCCAGAAGAGUCACAUCUUCAGACUGACUCAGGGCCUUCAGGAUGCUCUGGACCAGACUGACAUGUUAAAGACUGAGAGAACUGACCUGGAGUACCAGCUGGAGAACAUACAGGCGGUGUAUUCUCAUGAGAAGGUGAAGAUGGAGGGCACCAUCUCACAGCAGACCAAACUCAUCGACUUCCUCCAGGCCAAGAUGGACCAGCCGGCCAAGAAAAAGAAGGGUAUCUUUGGUCGGAAGCGUGAGGACGUUGGCACCACUACAAACGGUGCCCUGACCCCCCUCCCUCAGCCCUCGGUGCCGCUGCAGUACGGGGACAUGAAGCUAGCAUUAGAGAGAGAGAGGACGCGCUGUGCCGAGCUGGAGGAGGCUCUGCAGAAGAUGAGGAUCGAACUGCGCUCGCUCAGAGAAGAAGCGAUUCACUUUAAGUCCCAGGAGCACAUGGCGCCCUCCACUCCAGCUCAGGCCAGACACCAGAUCCUCAUGAGUGCCAUCGUCAAGAGCCCAGAGCACCAGCCUAACCCUGCAAGCCUACUACACCCAUCCACACGCUCCAAAGAGAGCUCCACCCCAGAAGAGUCGGGGCGUCGUGUGAAAGAGCGGAUGCACCAUAACAUUCCUCAUCGCUUCACUGUGGCUCUAAACAUGAGAGCCGCCAAAUGUUCUGUGUGUCUGGACACGGUGCACUUCGGAAGGCAAGCAGCUACAUGUUUAGAGUGCCGUGUCCUGUGCCAUCCUAAGUGCUCUCCAUGCCUCCCUGCCACCUGUGGACUGCCGGCUGAGUUUGCGUCUCAUUUCUCAGAGGCGCUGUGUCGGGAGAAGAGCAGCUCUCCAGCUCUGCAGCUCAAAGAAGCCAGUGGACACGUGCGGCUGGAAGGCUGGAUGAAGCAGCCCAGGAAUGGUAAAAGGGGGCAGCAGGGCUGGGAGCAGAAGUACGUGGUUCUAGACGGAACCAAAGUGUCUGUGUUUGACACUGAGCCUCGAGAAGACGGUCUUCUGCCUGAGGAAGAGUUUGAGUUGUGUCUUGCUGACGGAGAGGUCACGGUGCAUGGAGCUGUGGGAGCCUCCGAACUCAUCAACACAGCCAAGUCAGAUAUCCCAUACGUUCUGAAGUUGGAGUCCCACCCUUUCACCACGUGCUGGCCAGGUCAAUCCCUAUACUUCAUGGCUCCCAGUUUCCCGGAUAAACAGCGCUGGGUGGCCGUUCUAGAGUCUGUUGUGAGCGCAAGCCGAGGGACCAAGGACAAAGGGGAGAGCGAAGCUAAACUUCUGGGAAACUCUUUACUGAAGCUGGAGGGGGAUGACCGUCUGGACAUCAACUGCACGCUUCCCCUCACAGACCAGAUUGUGCUGGUGGGAUCAGAGGAGGGACUAUACGCUCUAAACGUUAUAAAGAACUCUCUGACUCACAUCCCAGGACUCAGCUCCGUGUUUCAGAUACAGAUCCUCAAAGAUCUCGACAAACUGCUCAUGAUCACAGGAGAGGAGCGUGCCCUGUGUCUGGUUGACAUAAAGAAAAUCAAACAGUCUCUGUCUCAGUCUCACCUCCCAGCUCCUCCUGAUCUUUGCCCCCUGGUGUUUGACACGGUGAAGGGCUGCCACCUCUUCUCCUCCGGGAAGAUCGACAGCAGCAUGUGCAUCUGUGCUGCCACUGCCAACAAAAUCACCAUCCUCCGACACAACGAGAGCCUCAACAAAUUCUGCAUUAGGAAGGAAAUGGAGACGUCGGAGCCCUGUAGCUGUAUUCACUUCACCGGUUACAGCAUCAUCAUCGGAACAAACAAGUUCUACGAGAUUGAGAUGAACCAGUACGUCCUGGAAGAGUUCCUUGAUAAGAACGAUGUGACUCUGGCCUCGGCUGUGUUCGCUGCCUCCUCUCACAGUUUUCCCAUCUCCAUCAUCCAGGUCACCACGGCGCCACAGAAAGACGAGUACCUGCUCUGUUUCCACGAGUUCGGAGUGUUCGUGGACGCGUACGGCCGCAGGAGCAGAACUGAUGACAUCAAAUGGAGCCGCCUCCCCCUGUCCUUCGCCUACAGAGAGCCCUACCUGUUUGUGACCUACUUCAACUCUCUGGAUGUGAUCGAGGUCCAGGGUCACUCUGCUCUGGGACCUCACUCGUACGCUCACCUGGACAUCCCAAACCCUCGGUACCUGGGUCCGGCCAUCUCCUCUGGAGCCGUGUAUCUGGCCUCCUCCUACCAGAACAAACUGAGGGUCAUCUGCUGCAAGGGCAACCUGCUGCAGGGAGGAGAGGGGGCGCUAGAGAGGCAGGGCUCAGGCAGGAGCCCAAACAAACGUGGACCUCCAUCUUAUAACGAGCACAUCACCAAACGUCUGGCUGCCAAUCCCCUGGAGCCGAGCACCCCUCAUCGUUACAGGGACCCCAGUACAGACCCAGGCACCCCUCACCGCUACCGGGACCCCAGUACAGACCCAGGCACCCCUCACCGCUACCGUGAGGCACGCACAGAGUUCAGACGGGAGCACUCGCCUGGUCGGCCUCUGGACCGUCCCCUGCAGAGGGAAAAGUCACCCGGGCGUGCUCUAGAGGGGCGAGGGGCGGGGUCUCCGGGCCGGGCCCUCACUGACCCCAGACUGGAGCGGUCACCAGGGAGGGCCAUGGGGAUGGAGUCUCGGCCAGAGCGGUCGCCAGGAAGGGCCAUGGACGGGCGCAGAGAUAGGUCGCCUGGGCCAGGGGGGCGGGGCCUGGAGAGACUCCACACGGGGUCAGGACGCACGCCCAUCAACCCCAGCAAGGUCUGGGACCAGUCCUCUGUUUGAGAGACAAACAUCCUGCUGCCUCUGAGAGAGAGGGAGAGAGGGAGGACAGAAAGAGGAGGGAGAGGGGCAGAGAGGAAAAGAGGAGGGAGGAGGUAACGCUUCAGCCCCAUCUCCAAUCCUCUUCUGCCACAUUUUAAAAAGCACACGUAGCAUCACAAACACAGCUCCUGUCUGCUCCUCUGGCUCUGCUCCUCUGGCUCUGCUCCUCUGGCUCUGCUCCUUCGUGUACAUUGAGCACAAUCGAACAUACAAUCAUUAAGACGAGCCCUAGCACAGAGCCCCUCUCCUCUCACCUGCCCUCCCCUGUACAUAGGAGACAUACUUUUCUAUGACGAUGUAAAGCGAAGGUGGAAUGUCUAUUUUUGUUAUGCGAGUGAUCGUGUCCUGAAUGUUCAACUCUGAUUGUGUCAAACCUCAAAAAACACAAUAUCCUCAUUUCAUUUUGUGAAACAUUUGAUUCAAGAGGCCCUAAGGAGACCAGACACAAAAAUAUUUUACGUCCCAAUUCAGAAAAAAAAAGACAAAUUCUAUUGGUUUCUAAACAAUUCUGUCACAUCCACAAGAUUCUAAAACUUGUCAUUUAAAAUAAUCCUCAAAACUUCACAGGGCCCUUUAACCUGCCUCUGGUCUGAUUUACUCUCGUCCAGUUGGGUCUAGUUUGGUCCAGCCUCCAGGUCUUACUUUCUGGUGUAAAUAUCCAAAGCUGCGCAGCUUCUGCCUCUUUUUCAUUUGAUUAAAUAUUUGCUCCUCUAGUUGCACAAACACAAUCAUAUAUUUUAUUAUUUCUAUCAUAUUUAUUUAGACACUGCUCUUUAAAAGGGAAAAUGUCCGUCCAUCUUUUUUCUUCUUUUCUCUUCUGUGGGUUUGGGAAUCACUCAGACGUCCCAUUCCCCAGACACCUCCUCCAGCCUUUUCUUAUUUUGAAAAUCAACUGAAUUCUAUAUUUUUGUUAAUCUAAAAAACUCUAUCUGUCGAUGUAAAAGUCUCCUCCAGGGGGCGCUCUCCUGAAUGUAUUUGACUCUGAAAAUUGCACCUGUUUAUAUGGUCUGUCCCUGUGCACCCGUCGGUCCUGCCGCUGUGGUGAUUUUGAUGUCUGACUUUUAUUAUCGUUCUGUAGAUUUUGUCACAGAAUAUUAAAGAUCAUAACCUU